AUGAAGGUAAAUUUAGCCGCUGUUCUUCGUGCCUUUGCCAUUGUCGUACUUUCUAUUGCCCUUCACGUCCAGGCUGAGGAACAGCCCGGGCAAUUACGCAAAGGUCGUGACUCAAGUUGCAAAUCCGGAUCCAAUGUGAUACCAGGUGCUGACAGUGAAGUGGCUACGGGCCCGUCAACUGCCCCAGAGGAGACACAAUCUAACGAGAUGAGCACCGCAUCUACCGAUAACGUUAAUAAACCCGAUAAACCGAUGCCGAAGUUUCCAGACGGAUUCCUCGGAAAGUUUUUAUACACAUUCAGGAAUGAUAGGCUUAUCAGACGCGUGUUCUCAUCAUAUUUUAACCCUUCCCAAUAA